UGCUGCUGCCGCUUCGCGUUCUCUAGUGGAAUCACCAGCUGCAUCGAACGGCUAGUUCGUCAGAUGGAUGAACGCCGUCAUCAUGUUUAGUUGGUGUUAUUACUAUUCGUGUUAUUGUAAUGACGAGUAGCUUUCGGGUUCUUAUUUUGCUCUAGAGUGAUUAAACCGAAAAUGAACAACGCAACGUUGCUUUCAAAUAGAAGCAAGAACAUGGCGCUUUCGCCUAUUGCAAAGGAUUUUAAUCCGUCUUUAAUAACCAAAACGGUGCAAAAGUCUUCGAAAGAUGAAGCUAAGCAAAACAAAAACCAUGACCCUGGAUCAUCGUCUUCAGUGCAAAAAUUAAGCGAAACGUUUGCAGCUAUUGUAGUCGAUAAUCCUUCAAUACAAAGCACCUUCCCUACGACGAAUCGGGGCGAUCAACCGGCAACGCCUCUGACAAAUGUUUGGAUGUCAUCUCGGACUACCUCACGGAGACCUAAGGCUGGACAGUCAAUGGUUGCAGACUUGCAAUCAUUGAUUAUUGAGACUGCCCUUGCAAAACGUGCUGCCCGACGACAACCACAAAACGGCUUGAAUAGAGCUUCCAAGCAUGACUGCUUUGCCGUUAUGGGAAACGGGCCAUUGAAAGGCAAAAAAAAAAAGAUUGUACGGCCAUCUGACUCCAACAAAAAAUUAUCGAAGUUAAAGAAGUCAGUAAUAGACUUUCGAGACGCACAAGGAAACCCUGCGUACGAAAUCGGAGAAACAACUUCACCUACAAAAAAUGCAGUCGAAGCAUGUAAAGACGAGCGACGCGCCUAUGAGCGUCUGAGACAGGCAGCUGACGGAGAAACGCUUAUUGAGAUAGAAAAGCUCACCACCGAUAUGCUGACCGGUCUGAAAACGUUCCAAGAUCAGCAGUUUCAACGUAAUGAAAUAAAAGCUCGAGUCCGACAACGCAUGUACUUUGGUUUGAGAGAGGCCUUCAAGUAUGUGAUAAGCUCGAAGAUCCGAAUGCUGCUGCUAGCACGAGAUCUUGAACCUGGACCAGGGUCGGCCGGACUUGAUCAGCUGGUUAAUGACCUCUUAGACAAAGCCCAAGCGAAUUGCGUCCCUGUCGUUUGUGCCUUGACACGCAAGAAACUCCAAAGGCUUACUCACAAACCAUCUAAGGUGGCGUGUGUAGCAAUCGUGGAUCCAUCAGGAAAGGAGCAGCAAUUCGAAAGACUCAAGGAACUAACAACAUAUACUAGCCCAUUUACGACAUUCGAAGCUCAACGUCAAACAAACUUUGGAGAUGAACAAACUUUUAGCGAGGAGAUGCUGAAGACUUGGACAUCAACAACGCGUCAAGGAAGAUUCGAAUUUCCUGUUGAUAAGCUUUUCUAAGUGAUAUCUACAAUAAGUCACAAGGGCUGUUAAUACGUUUAACAAUGAACGAAUAAAGUACGUGUGUCACAAAAAUGUUCGGAUAAAAAUACGCUGUUUAUUUAUUUUCUACUUCUACUGUUGUUAUGGUGCUUGAUAGCCAUUUAGCAGAUUUGCUUCGACGGAAUAACGUGGUCAUCUGCAUGAAUCAUCUCCAG